UCGAGCAUCUGAUUCUCCGGCAAGCAUAUCGAUGCUCCUUUCUCUAAAAAUAUUUCGAUCGAGCAUCUGAUUCUCAUUGCAACAACUUGUGGAAUUUGACGCUCGAUAUUGCACUCCAUGGGCUGGCCAACUCUUUCAUUAAUGGAAGUGAUCACUGGACUCUGUGCGCUCUUCCUAAAAGAGUAGAAGCUCGACAUCGACCUCACCUCAAUCAGCAGGGGGAAAAUGGGUGCGGUGCUAUCAAAGAAAAGGAUAAGGAAAAGUGAUGCCGUGGUGCAGGAGGUGAAGGUGGUGGAGUCGUGCAUGGUGGCACCAAGCGCGCAGACGCCUAGGCACGGCCUGUGGCUCUCCCCGCUCGACCUCAUGCUGGUCAACAGAGGCCACACCCCCACCGUCUACUUCUACCGCUCCGAGUCCGGCGGCGACUUCUUCGACGUGGCCAGGCUCAAGGCGGCGAUGGCCAAGGCUCUGGUGGCCUUCUACCCCCUGGCCGGCCGUCUCGGCGUGGGCGGCCGUGACGGCAGGGCGGUGAUCGACUGCGCCGGUCAGGGCGCGCUCUUCGUCGCCGCGCGCUCCGAACUGGCCGUCGACGACUUCAGCGGCUUCAAGCCGUCGCCGGAGCUAAGGAGGCUCUUUGUUCCCCGCGUCGAGGAUUACUCGCCUCCCGUCAUGUGCGCCGUCCAGGUCACCUUCUUGAAGUGCGGCGGGGUGGCACUAGGGACCGCGCUGCACCACGUCGCCGCCGACGCCAUCAGCGCCUUCCACUUCUUCGAGACGUGGUCCGCCUUCUCACGGGACGGCGACGCGGCGGCGGCGGCGGCCCUAGAGCCCCCGUUCCACGACCGCACCCUCCUCCGCGCGCGCUCCCCGCCCUUCGUCCACCCGGACGCGCUCACCGUCUUCUGCCCCAAGCUGAACCUCUCCACCGAGCCGUCGGCGAGGCCCGUCGUCAGCGAGGCUUUCGACAUCUCCAAGGACCAGGUCGCCGCUCUCAAGAGUGCGUGCGUCAGCGGCGAGGGCGGGCGCGUGAGCACGUUCUGCGCCGUGAGCGCCCACGUGUGGCGGUGCGUGUGCGUGGCCCGCCGGCUGCCGCCGGACGCCACGACCCGCCUCACCUUCCCGGCCAGCGUCCGGCGCAGCCUGAGGCCGCCGCUCCCGGCCGGCUACUUCGGCAACGGGAUCAUCUGGCUGGGCGCCGCCGGCCAGGUCCGGGACGUCGCCUCCUCGGGCUCGGAGGGCCUGCCCUCCGUGGCCGACCGAAUCAGGGGCGCCGUCCGCCGGAUGGACGACGAGCUGGUGCGCUCGGCGGUCGACUACUUCGAGCUGACCACGGAGGCGGACAGCAAGCCAGCGCCGGGCCGCAUGGCGGAGACGGAGCUGAGGGUGAUCAGCUGGCUGGGCAUGCCGGUGUACGACGCGGACUUCGGGUGGGGGAAGCCGCUGGCGAUGCUGCGCGCCGAGGCGGAGCGCGCCGGGUUCGUCUACCUGAUGGACGGCGGGCAGGGCGCCGGCAGCGUGCGCGUCGUCAUCUGUACGGAGGCCGCGAUCCUGGACGACUUCCAGCGCCUGCUAUAUGCCAAGUUCUAGCUCUAGGCGACGCCUGACAUGAAUGACGCCGGUCCUGACGCUGAGGUGUUCAACAAAGAAAUUACACUUGUGAAAUUGUACUGUGAUUAUGCAAAUAAUUAUUCUGGGCAUUAGCAAAAGCUUCCUGGUUUGAUUAGCGUAACCAUACGGCCAUUACAGGAGAAUACAGCAAAAGUAGCAUGCAACAAGAAUAUGAAUCAAACUCGUUGGCAUCAUCUUUUAGCC